UCUUCUGUUCUCUGCUUCCCUCUAUCCUUGUGUCGUUGUGUGUCUGUGUUGCAACUCACUUUGAGACCGUUAGAGGGACACCUACUACAGACAUUUCCAUGGCAACUAUAUAGUAAACAGUAGUUGUUGCUGUGCCAGACUUAAAUCCAAAGCUAUCAUUUUUGACAAUGGAGAGAAUUUCUGUCGAUGAAUCAGGUUUACAAGCAGUGGAAGACUACUGUGAAUACAGGAGGAUUGUAGGUGAUGAUGAUGGAGGGAGACUGUUCACUCCAGAGGAGUAUGAGGAGUACAAGAGGAAAGUGCUCCCUCAACGGUUGAAUAACAGGCUAUAUGUGAGCUUUGGGGUUCCAGGAGGUAUCGACUGCAAACAAAUUGGCCCUGAGACUCAGUGCUUCUGCACACAUAGGUACAAGCAACAUAUGACUGACUUUGAGGUGGUUCCCUCUGAGCGACCCCUGGCCCUGCCAUGCCAGGUCAGAGGAUGUCGUUGUUCUGCUUACCAGUAUGUUCCUCAGAUUGGGCCAAAUCCUGUCCGCUGCAGGUGUAAACACUUUCCUCAGGAUCACAGUGAAGCUUCUGACCAUUUUUGCAAGAAAUGUAGUUCCUGUUCUGGGUUCAACAGCUCAUACACCUGUGGGUGUGGCCAGCCUAGUCCUGCCCAUCAGACCCUAGUGAACAAACUAGAGAGGGAGGCUCGUGGUCAGCCAAUAGGCAAGGAUGUCCCUUAUGCUGCCAUGGGGGGGCUAACGGGGUUCAGCUCCUUGUUGGAUGGUUACCUCGCUUUGGAAGCCAGUGGCUCAGAUUCAGAAAGGGAAGAUGGCUGCCAGCAGAGCUGCGCUGCCUCAAGGAUGAAAAAAACGUCUACAGAAGCAUCCGGCACUAUUGACUGUAAGAGAGAGACCAACAAACAUUGAAAUGCAACUCUCCUCAAAGUCCAUUUGUGAAACCGUCAUUAAAUACUGGACAAUAUUAACCUUAACAAAUAAAUCACACAUCUUAAGGACAUUUUGUUUGUUUGAACUAUUUUCUUUUGCAGUGAAGUGUCUGUCUUUGUCAGUGUCGUGACACAGGGGCAUACAACCACCAUGAGUAACAGUCGUGAUUAAAUCCCAUCUCACAACUGAAUAAUCAACUGACAACAUAUUGAUCCCAUGUGUGUGGAGCUUCACUGGUUCAUAUUCAGACGCGUGACACAUGAAC